GUUUUAGAAAUAUUUAAAAACAUCUUCACUUAUACUCUCCGAAAUGACUGAUGAUACACCAGCAACUAUUGAUUGGAAUCCACUUGGUGAAGUGUACUACAGGAAGUUGGAAGUGUAUUCUAUGUUUUGGGCAGAUCGUAUUGAUUUAAAUCAAUAUAUUGUUUCAGCUGGUGCAUAUGGUGGUCCAAUAGCUCUUAUUAAAGAAAACAGCGCAGAAGGAGGGAAUUUAAAUUCACGGGCUGUUAUUCAUAUUUUCACUUCUUCUGGACAAGAGCAAGCAGCAUUCAAGUGGGAUGGUGGACGUCUUGUAACUAUGGGCUGGAGCAACUGUGAAGAAUUAAUCUGUGUUGCUGAAGAUGGUGCAGUACAUGUCUUUGAUAUGUUUGGUAAUUUUCUGCGACAGUUCUCUUUGGGCUUAGAAAUACAACGGUCGUUUAUUCUUGAGGCAAAAAUAUUCUCAAGUACUUAUGGAACAGGGAUAUGUGUGCUGUCAGGCGAUUACCAAUUCUUUGUUGUAAAUAAUAUCAACGAUGUUAAAGUUAAACCUAUGCAAUGUCCAUUCACUGUGGAAGCACCCCCAAGUAGCUGGGCUGUUCUUAGCUUGCCAGAUGAUCAAGGCACAAAGGUUCUGAUGGCUAUUGACAAUACAAUAUAUGAAUUAGACUCCUUUCAACCAAAAACGAAGAACCCUCCAAUUAGCCAUCCUGUCAAAGCUUUUAUUGAAAUGGCUGUCUCGUUUAACCAAAAAUAUGUUGCUAUGUUUGCUGAUACUGGAUUGUUGUGGAUUGGAUCAUCAAACUUACAGGAAGUUUAUUGUCAGUACAAUACGCAUCUACAGUUAAGACCUUCACAGCUUGUAUGGUGUGGUUCUGGUGCAGUAGUUGGUUACUGGGAUAAUUAUUUAAUGAUGGUCGGUCCAACAAAGGACAUAGUAAAAUAUUUUGUUGAUAGUAAAGUUCACCUAUCCCAAGAAUUGGAUGGUGUCAGGAUUAUUGGAAAUUAUCACCAAGAAUUUUUGCAAAAAGUACCUGUUGAAGUUGAAGAUGUUUUUAAGCUUGGUUCAAUGAAGCCUGGCGCAAUGCUGCAUGACGCAUCAAGAGAAUAUGAGCGCAAAAGUGCACGUGUGGACGAUUACAUGAAAGCCAUUAAAGACCAUUUACAGGAAGCUGUUCACGAAUGCAUAAAAGCGGCUGGUCAUGAAUUUGAACCUGUAAAGCAAAGAAGUCUUGUAAAGGCAGCUGCAUUUGGUAAAAGUUUUCUGCAAGAUAUGCGCCCACAAGUAUUUGUAGAUAUGUGCCAAAUGAUUCGCGUGAUGAAUAAUGUUAGAGAUUUUAAAGUUGGAAUCCCAAUUACUUAUGAUCAAUUACAGCAACUUACAGUACCUGUACUGAUAGACAGAUUGGUGGCAAGAAGGAUGUAUUAUUUAGCAAUCCAAAUUUGCAAUUACUUGCGGAUACCAAAAAGAGAUGGUGCCAGCAGGAUAUUAGCUCAUUGGGCAUGUUACAAGGUUCAACAAGACAAUAUUGAUGAUAAUGAUAUUGCAAAGAGUAUAGCUGAUAAACUUGGAGACACUCCUGGAAUUUCGUACACAGAGAUAGCAUCAAAAGCACUUGACAGAGGAAGAACUGCACUGGCGAUUAAGCUUUUGGAUUAUGAACCGAGAGCGGAAGAUCAAGUGCCACUUCUAAUGAGAAUGAGUCGAGAUGAGUUGGCUCUGCAAAAAGCUGUAGAUAGUGGCGACACUGAACUUGUGUACAUGGUGACAGAACAUAUGCGUAAAAACAUGACGCUUGGGGAAUUCUUAAUGAAGAUCAGAAAGUAUCCUGUUGCUCUAAGUUUGUUCAUAAAGUAUUGUAAACAGCAAGACAGACGUCUGCUUAUAGACAUUUACUAUCAAGAAGAUCAAUUUCGCAACAGUGGAAAUGCAUUUAUUCAAGAUAGUUUUGCUGAAAAAGCCUUAGAUUCGAGAAUCAAACUGUUAAGUAAGGCCAAGGAAUCUUUUGAUAAAGGCGUGUUUCAAUUUGGUAGCCAGGUUACUGAAGAGCAUAUAAAGUUGCUCGAGUUUCAAAGUCGUUUACAAGAUCAGUUUGGUAAGCAGUUUCUCAACCUUUCUGUGAGCGACACAUUGUAUCAGCUAAUAUAUCAAGGCUAUCACCGCCAAGCUGAGACAUUAAAAAAAGAGUUUUCCAUACCUGAUAUACGCUACUGGUGGACAAAGAUACAAGCCUUGGGUGCAGCUAGAGAUUGGUCAGAGCUAGAAAAGUUUGCAAAAAGUAAGAAAUCACCAAUAGGCUACGAGCCUUUUGUUGAAGCAUGUUGGAAGUUUGGUAACAACAGAGUAGAAGCAGAGAAGUAUAUUAUUAAAGUUCCUUUAGAAAAACGUGUGAGGUUGUUCAUAAAAAUUGGGUACUUCGAACAAGCUGCUGACGCUGCAUUUCAGAUGAAAAGUGUAAACGACUUAAACAUAGUAUUUUCAAAAUGUGGUAACAACCGAUCUGUUGCAGAAAAAAUUAAUGUAUAUCGGACACAGUUAAUGCAGAGGAGGUAACUUUGAAUCGUGCAGAAGAUUGAGAUCAAAAUAUCUUUUGCUUUCAUUUUGAUAUUUUAGUUCUAUUUUUAUAUAACAAAAUGAAAAUCCUGUAAUUAUACAUUCACGACAAGUUUGCGAGCCAGUUCAUGUGUAAACUGUUUUCCUAGUGGUUGGCACAUGAUAUAAUUAUUUACAAUGUUCUUUUCUUAUUUUUAUACAAUUCUUAUACUGGUUAAUUUACAUAAAUAUGUGUGACUGGAAAAAACUACAGCAAUUCAAAGAUCUGAAUAUUGUUGUUAUAUUCUUCAAAAGUACUGCUAUAAAUUUGCUAGUAAAUAAAUGUGUGGAAUCUUAUAACAAACCAUUUUAUUUGACGUUACAGCUAGAGAUUUCUUGAGAAAACAAUGUUUUUUGUAAAUACUUAUAAGCUACUCUGAUCAAAGUAGAAAUAUAAAUUUUGUAUAUUAUUUUAUGCAUGAAGAA